GCACUUCCAAUUUCCAAAGUGGUGGAUCAGAAAGCAGACAGUAGCAUGGGUGCCACGAACCUGGCAGUGCCCACCACAUUCCGGCCGCCACAAUUUUCACCUACCACCGCCGUUAACCACCGCAGAGCCACCACCACGUUUCUCCCCUGCAGGAAGAAACGCAUUUCCAUCUCUUGCACCGCCGCGUCGCUGGAAUUUUCCUCGGCCACAACUGAAAAGCCUCUAAUCGAGCUAGAGUUCAUAGGGCCAAAAGCAGAAGCGGAUGGGAAGUACCCAGUCGAUAAAGCCACGGCAGUGAGUGGUGAGAAGCUUCUUAGGAAUAUAAUGGCGGAUAACAAGAUUGAGCUUUAUGCUGCCUAUGGAAAAGUGAUGAAUUGUGGAGGUGGUGGAAGUUGUGGUACUUGUAUUGUGGAGAUUAUAGAUGGAAAUGAUCUCUUAAACGAGAGGACAAAUACAGAACUCCGAUAUCUAAAGAAGAAACCAGAGUCAUGGAGGCUAGCAUGCCAGACUAUAGUUGGAAAUAAAGAGAACUCUGGCAAGGUAGUAGUCCAGAGGCUGCCUCAAUGGAAGAAGUGAAAGCAAAUAAAAUACCAUUCUGAAAACAGCAAACAACCCAGUGAAGAAAUUCAAAGAAAUAUAAAUAUACAACCCCGCCCCCCUCUCCCCAUUGUGAGUAGUGAAAUGUAGGAAGCUAUCUGCAGUUGUACACAUGAGCUUGUUAACAAUUCAACAAUGUCCUUUUACUCAAAAAGGAAGCCAGAGUUCAAUUUGAUGUAGAUUACACUGGUGUAAUAUACUAAUAUUAUGCAUGAA